AUGCUUAGAGAAAGACCAUCUGAGGCCGGACCAGGCCUGAUGGACCUUCCCAUCCCCGGCCAUCCCACGGGUGUCACGAACUUUACUCUCGAUGGCUCGAAGGUCUCUAAGACAGUCAUCCUCUUCAGCAAGGAUAGGAUCUUCAGCUUCUCGCCUAAAAGCAUAUUGCCUUUCGUAUUUCGGCCGGAAGGUCCUUUGAAUAGCGGUGCUUCCGGCCAGGUGUUCAAAGUCAAGGUCAGGAAAGGCCACGCCUCGGGGUAUACGAUUGACUUGUGGUGUGCUCUGAAAAGAAUACCUAAAUUUGACGACGACUCGUGGGAUGGCCUUGAACGGGAAAUUACGACUCUUCGUAGAAGGCAGCACCCUGGUAUAAUAUCCCUACUUGGAUGCUAUCUGGUCGACGGCGACGAGUCUAGCUCCUAUGUCCGGUCAGUAAACCUCCUAUUUCCCUUGGUAGAUUUGGCUUUAAAGCACUGGAUGAGUCUUGAUCAGUGUCCUGUCAAUCUGAAAGCUCUAGACUUGCGAGCCUUCAUGUAUGACAAAAUCUACUCUCUGGCAGAGACUCUCGCCUAUAUUCACAGAGAUGUCGACAAUGAGAUCGCUUGCCAUCAUGACCUCAAGCCGGAAAACAUUUUGGUGGAUGGCAAGGAGUUUCUUAUUUGCGACUUCGGACUAUCUCGUCUAGGUGAAGUUGCCGAUGGUUCUGGAACCCACGGAAAGCUGGGAUUGGGCACUCCUACUUAUCAACCUCCCGAAUAUUGGCGAAAUGAUGGUCAACGCAAUCAAAUUCAACACGGUCGAGCCUUCGAUGUCUGGGCAUUAGGGUGCGUCAUUCUUGAGUUGCUGACCGUCCUUAUACAUGGCUGGGGUGGCGGCGGCCGCGUCCUCAGACACUUCGAAGACAGAAGGCGCCAGUCUAGACCCCGGAUAUUACUCAAAGAUAUUGAGGGUAAGCCCAAAGCUGAUAAAUCCUUUCAUCACCACAUGGAUGCUGUCCAAGAAUGGAUAUCAGAGCUGAGGUAG